CAACACUAGUCAAAGUUAUUAAGUGACUUUAACCAGUGCAACUGUUCUGCGUUGUCUUUAGAACUACUUUCUUUUCUUGGCAUUUCAGGAGAUUAUAGCAUCCUACAGUUGAGUUUCUGAGAGCUUUAUUGAUUUAUCUUCCUACUCAAACAAAAAAAGCAUUGAUACCACCAUUUCUGAAGGUCUCCAGAUUUGGACAACUGUUGAAAAACUUUCCAGGGAGGCUUGAGAGAUGGCGAAUGAAUACAAAAAAAUUGUCCUCCUGAAAGGAUUAGAGCACAUCAAUAAUUAUUAUUUCAGCAUCAUUAAAUCCUUACUAGCCUAUGAUUUGAAGCUGACUAGAAAAAUGCAACAUGAGUACAACAGAAUUCAGAUUGCCGACUUAAUGGAGAAAGUGUUCCGAUAUGAUGCUGGUGUGGACAAACUAAUCGCACUGAUCAAAAAUAUAACACCACUUAAACAUCUUGUUAAAAAACUGCGAGCAGAGAAGUUGAAAGUUGUGAAGAAAAUGAAGUCCAUCUCAGCAAAAGGAAAAACCCCAUUGGAAAGGAUCCAACAGACAGAAGUGGGUCCUGCUUCCCCAGCAUCCACUCUAAGCAGCAGUCGCACAUCUGAAGGAGUAGAGGGGGCUCCUGUGGCUCAGAAAAGAAAAAUGACAACCACAGAAAAGACGGGAAACAAAAGGAAUAAGGUGUCUGAGGAGCAGACUUCGCCUCUCUAUGCUGCAACAACCAGCAAGUUCACAACCAUGGACCACUGCCCACCUUCCCAAACCUUGUCAUCCACUCCAUCCAACAAUUCCUCAACUACGACAAUUAAAUGUAUAACCACUCCAAUUUAUGACUUCAAAAGGAUGAAUCCAUCAAAGGAACAGUGUCAGCCUCCACAAACUGCAGCAAUCAGAGAACGUCCAUCCAAGUUCUAUCCUCAGUCUUCCCAGGCAUCUCUACAAACCCCACCCAGCCAUUCCUUACGUGAGACAGGUACAAGGCUAACUCCAAGGUAUGGUUUGGAAAGGCCAAUUCCAUCUCAGGAGCAGGGUCAGUCUCUGAGGACAGCAGCAACCCCAGCACGUCCAUCUGAGUUCCAUCCUCAGACUUCUUUGGUGCCUCCACAAACCUCACCGAGCCGUUUCUUAAGCCAGACAGGUAUAAGAACCACCUCCAUUUAUGAUGUGGAAAGGCUGAAUCCACCACGGGAGCAGAAUCCAGCUCCACAGACGGCAGCAACCCCAGCACGUCCAUCUGAGUCCCAUCUUCACACUCCUCGGGUGCCUUCACAAACCCCACUCAGCCCUUUCUUGAGCCAGAAUAUAAAAGAUGCAAUUCAAACAUACAACUACAAAAGGAUGAAGUCCCCCUGGCAGCUGAAUCAGCUUCUGCAAACUUCAGACAAAAGAACACCUCCAACUGUGAGCCAUUCUCAGAUUCCACCAAUGCCCCCACAAACCCCACCCCACAGCUCACUAAACAAG